UAUUAACCAAUUUUAAUUUGGACGCCAAAUACAUACGCACCAUAUUAUCCAAUGAAAUUGAAUCUGAUUGGUGAAUUGUCUUAUAUCUGAUAUGAAUAUAUUCACAUAUGUAACAAUUACUUACAUACAAAAAUUUAAGCUAAUAAAUAGCUUAGUUUUAAAUAUAUAUCAAUUAUAUAUAUAUAUAUAGUAAACAAGGUGGAAGUAUGUUAAUAAAUGAUGAAAUGAUAUUUUUUCUUUCUUCAGUUUAUUCAUCAAAAAUAACAAAAUCACAGAAAAUUAUUGAUUUCUAAAAAGCAUAAAUAUUGAUCGAUUGAAAAAAGAAAAUUGUUUCCACCAUUGUUCAUAUCUUAUGGAUUAAUAAUUGUUUUAUACAUAUAUUUAUAUGAUACAUUUGUAUAAAAUAACUAACAUAAUGAAAUAUCUUCAUACAAUAUUAUAGUAAUCAUGAGUUAUAUAUGGUUAAUAUGGUGUAUUCUAACAUGGAUAACAGCUAUAUUAUGUACAAUUGGUUGUUUAUUACCAUAUUGGUUAAAUGGUAAAAUUUUAUCAAAUUCAGAAAUCACUACUUUCAAUGAAAAUCAUUUAAAAUAUACUACUUAUAAUACAGAUUUAAUAAGUACAUUAAAUUUAUUUCGUCGUUGUAUUUAUCCAAUUUAUACAAAUUUAGUUACAGAUAUCUUAUUAGAAGAUCCAGAAAAAUCUUUAAUAUUUUUUAAUCAACCAAUUAAAUAUAAAUUAAAUUUAAAACAAAAUUUUAUUGAAUCAUCAUUGAUAAAUAUACAAAUUAAUUGUGGUUAUUAUGAAUUUUUUAAUAUACCACAUAUAACAUGGAGAAUAAGUUUAAUAUUAUUAAUUAUUAGUUGUUGUAAUUUAUUUUUUUUAUCAUUUAUUUUAUCAUUUAUUGGUUGUUAUUUAAAGUUUCUAUGGCAAUUAAAUAUACAUCGUAUAUGUCAAUUUGGAUUAAUGUUUUCUGGUCUUAUGAUCCUUUUAUGUUGCAUCCUGUUUCCUAUUGGGUGGUCUAAUAACGAUGAAAUUGUUCAAAUAUGUGGUGAAAGGCGUUCACGAUUCGAUCUAGGUCACUGUCAACUUGGAUGGGCCUAUGUCGUCACAAUAAUGAGCGGUUUAUUGUCAAUCUUUAGUUCUGUCUUUCCAAAUCUAUGCUUUCCAAAGAUACUAUUUGAAAUUAAACAAAAUAACAAAUUUCAGCGUACUAAAUUUAAUAAAAACCAAACAAAUGAUGGAUUAUUACCACAUUUUUUAACCCAUGAUUUGUCAAUGACGCCAACAAUUGUAGCACCAGCUACACCAGGUGGACCACCAUCAGUUGAAACUGUAUCGACCAGUUUACGCACAUCUGAUCCACGUAUUCAUCAUGUUGAUUUCGAAUCACCAUGGUUAAAAACUUGGGCUUGUUUAAACACACCCAUUCAACAGCAAUCACAUGGACCAGUGGUAUUAAUACACCCGGAUUAUAAUUUAUCUUCCUAUUCCGGUGGUUGUUAUAAUGGAGAUAAUCAAUUAGGCUAUAGUCAAGGAAGUUUAGAUGAUACUUCAUCGGUUGGGACAGAGAAGAAAUCCGGAAUUGUUAAUCCAAUGAAAUCGGAUAUUCCCAGAAAUUUGAUGCAAAACAUAGAAAACAGUAAAAGUAACAAUUAGAUGAAUGAUUUGGAACAAAUUCAUAAUAUCUUAUAUGAUCUUUCACAUUAUGUAUUAAUUCAUAACACAUGAACUAUUUGCAUUGUUCCUACCUAAGUUAGAAAAAGUAUUUCACGUACACCGACUUUAUCUUAUAUAUAUAUUUCAUUGACGAAAUGAUAAUGUAUAAUUAUAUGUAUCUCUCAAGAAUUUUUCAUUGAGCAUUCUGCUUCUUUUUUGAAAUAUAUAUAUAUAUGAAGUGGA